AUGACAAGUCCGGAAGACGAGGCCGUCCCAGAACCGCAGGGUCACGAAGUAGAACAAGACCCUGAAAACAGCGGACUUGCAGUGGCAGCACCCGUAACAGUUGGUGAUGUUGAAAGUGCCCACCCUGUGUCACCCGAGCAGGAGGAAAUUGAUAGAGCCAGAGAGGCCAAAAAACGCAAGGAAACAAACUUUAUGAUUGCCAUUGGCACUCUAGUGGCCAUCGCUUUCAUCGUCAUGUUGGUUAUCAUCUUUAUUGUGAAAGGUGAAAAUGAUGACAGCCCACCCCCAACAGAUGGUAACAUCACGGCUGGGAACACGUCUAUUCCCUUGAGUCCCGAAGAAGUCUUGACUGGAUUGCUCCCAGAUGACACUCUGCCCAACCUAGAAUUUGAAUAUACCCCUCAGGCCAAGGCAUUCAAAUGGGUCGCAGAAGACCCAAACUUUGACAGCUAUUCUGACAAGCGGUUGCAACAGCGUUUUGCUUUGGCUACGUUCUACUACAGCUCCAAUGGUGAUGGGGAUGGUUGGGGUAACAAAACAAACUGGCUCAACGUAUCAGUUCACCAAUGUAACUGGGAUUUUAUCAUGCCAAACAACCUGCAGUACCACGCUAAUCAUGGGAAUCGAUAUGAUGAAUACAAGUACAUUGAUGGCCCGUGUGUACCCAAAAAUGCAAGCAUGGUGGGCAACUAUAGCACUGCGAUGGACGUUGCCUACCAUGAUGAUUUCCUCUACUUGGCCUUGGUUGGUCAGGAGCUCGAUGGUUCCAUCCCACCAGAGAUCGCCAUGUUGACAUCUCUAAAAAUGAUCCAGUUUGAUUCUACAACAAUGGAAGGUCCCAUUCCCACCAUCCUGGCCAACCUCACAGGCCUACGGGAACUAUACAUAUACGAUACCUUUACCGGAACCAUUCCGACUGAGCUUGCUCAACUUAGCGAACUGCGAACUUUGAAUAUUGGGGGUGCAACGGAGAUUUGGGGUACCUUGCCUUCUGAGUUUGGCUUGCUUUCCAUCCUCAAAGUGCUAAAGAUUGCCGAAACCAAUAUUUCCGGAACUAUUCCAAUGGAAUACACUCAUUUGUCCCCAUGGAUAUUUCGGAUCUUCCGAAAUUCCCUUACUGGCACUAUCCACACAGAGUUUGGGCUGUUCUCCGAUGUUGAGUGGUUCUUCAUUGAACGAAAUGACCUGACUGGUUCUGUCCCCAGUGAGCUUGGAUUGAUGAGCAGGAUGCAAAUUAUUUAUGCAUACGAGAUGAGUCUGAGUGGCACGAUUCCAACUGAAUUGGGUUUGCUAUCGAGCAUUGCACAGAUAUAUUUGCAAACAAAUUCCUUGACUGGAACUAUCCCCACAGAGUUGGGCAUCCCCACUGAAAACUUCUGGAGACUUGCUGUCAGCAGGAAUCUUUUGACUGGUACGGUUCCCAGUGAGCUAAGACUUCUCACAAAGUGCGCCAACUUGGCAACCCAGGCCAAUCUGCUCACAUCAACAAUUCCGACAGAGGUUGCUGCCCUGCCAGCAAUGGAGUACUUUUCCAAUUCAGACAACCUGUAUUCUGGAAUUUUUCCCAUGGAGCUCUUUUUCAAUGGCAGCAAAAUGGUCCGUUUCUGGUUUGAGAACAAUGAAAUCUCCGGAACUAUCCCAACAGAAAUUGGCUAUUGGACUAGCUUGUGGAACUUUCGACUUGAUGGAAAUUGGAUUACCGGAACAAUUCCAUCAGAAGUUGGUACCCUGGUAUCAAAGCUUGAAUACUUCAAUGCUGGCUCCAACCAGUUAUUUGGGGAGAUCCCAACUGAGAUUGGGAAUCUGCUCAAGCUCAAAGAGUUCUCUGUUGGCGACAAUGGCUUGACUGGGACUCUGCCAAAGGAGCUAGGGUUCCUUGUAACCAAUGGGACCUUGAAGCACCUUAACGUUUCCAAUAAUGAUGGGCUGUUUGGAACCAUCGGAUCUGAGGUUUGUGCGUUGACCGCUGACCCUGUUUUGAGUAAUGUUCUGGAUUUCACUUGUGGGGAUCUUUGUGGGUGUGAUUGCCCUUGUGACAAUGCGUCGUCACUUGUAUUGUAUGGUCAAAAUUGUACAGUCCUGGCAGAAAUGAAGAGUUGGUCAUCCAAUGGAGUAUGA